AUGUGUCUGGAGGAGGAGGAGGGGGGGGGGAGUGGCAACAGCAAUUCGACGAACAUCACGCCUACGGGGACGACUUCCGCCGGGAGCCCGCAGGCGACGGGGACGAACGGGACUGCUGUGCCUUCCUCCCCGUGGAAGCUCCUGGAUGCCUAUCAAGGCCAGAAUUUCUUCGAUGGCUGGGGCUUUUUCACGUCUGCUGAUCCGACCGACGGGAACAUGCAGUAUGUGGAUCAGGGGACGGCAAAUUCGAGCGGGCUCAUCGAGAUUAAUGCACAGGGGAACGCGGUGAUGCGGGUGGAGACGACGCCGAUGGUGCAGACGAAUCGGAUGAGUGUGAGGAUCAUGAUGCUGAACACGUUCAUGGGUGGGCUUGUCAUUAUGGAUUUGGUACAUAUGCCCACUGGCUGUGGCACUUGGCCUGCAUUUUGGACGAAUGGUCCCAAUUGGCCUUUGGGCGGAGAGAUCGAUAUCGUCGAAGGUGUGAAUAACUAUACGAACAACCAGGCCACAAUCCACAUGAACCCCGUUCUCAUCAUCGACACCGGGUGCUCCAUACCCUCGUCCAACUCCACUGUGCUCGAUAUCACGGGCACCGUCGUUGGUGGUACGGACUGUUCAGCUGCACAAACGGGCAACCAGGGGUGCGUGGUGCGGUCGAGCUCUGAUAUUUCUUUCGGGACUGGGUUUAAUGGCAUCGGCGGUGGAGUCUAUGCCAUGCUUUGGGACAAUUCAGGGAUUUCAGUGUACUUCUUCCCUCGCGGGUCGAUACCAGCAGAUAUCACUGAAGGUGCUCCCCAACCUACGAAUUGGACAACGCCGAUGGCGAAUUGGACAACGCCGAUGGCGACCUGGCCUUCGACCGACUGCAACCCAUUCGAGUUCUUCUACACCCAUUCCGCCAUUUUUGACACGACAUUAUGUGGUGAUUGGGCGGGCGGUGUGUGGGGCUCGACGGGUGUGCCGGGGCAAUCGCAGAGCUGCCAGCAAGAGACGGGGUUCGCGACCUGUGAAGAGUUCGUACAGGCGAGUGGGGCGUCGUUUAGCGAGGCUUACUGGGAAGUCUCGAGCGUCAAGAUAUAUCAGACGCAGUCAUGA